AUGUUCCAUUAAUCAUAAUCUCUAAAUAAUCUAAUAAGAGAUCAUGGUUCAAAACCAUUACAAAUAGCAGGAAGAUAUCCAGAGAGUGCUGAUUUCAACAUUAAGUCAAAGUUCUUUUUGCCAUAAAUAAAAAUGACAGAAUAGAGCAAUGUGAUUACAGAUAAAUCAAAGUAGCUUCGAUUACCAUAGUUAUAAAAUCAUUUGGCAACAAGUGAUUAACACUAAAGUAAGAAGAUUGAGAUAAGAAAGUCUAUUACACCUAAAUAUUAGAAGAGAUAAACAACAAUUUAUGCAAUGAGAACUAAAGCAGGAUGUUAAAUUAAUAAGGCUAUAAAAAUCAAUUAAGAUUCUGCUAUAGUUUGUCCCAAACUUCUCGAAAAGUAUUAAUAUAUCAUAAUAAUAUAGUAUUGGUUAUAAAUUAUUUGCAGUUUCAGAUGGACAUGGUCUAAAUGGUCAUCAUGUUUCAAAUUUUAUAAAAUAAACUCUUCCUAAACAUUUGCAUAAUUAAUUGGAAGAUAAUCAUGAAGAUAUUAAAAUAUAAAUUUCAAGAGCAUUUACAAAUACAAAUAGAGAAAUUUGGAAUUCUAAUACAGAUACAAAUCUUUCUGGUUCUACUACUGCGUUAGUGCUCAUAAAAAAAGAUAUUGUAAUUAAAUAUUAUUAUAAAUUUGUUUUAGAUAUAUACAGCAAAUGUUGGUGAUUCAAGAGCAAUUUUAUGUAAGUUUGAUUAAGUUUGGUAAAUUGUACCUUUAACAAGAGAUCAUAAACCAGAUGAUCCUGAAGAAAUGAAAACUAUUGUUGAUGCAGGAGGUAGAGUUGAAUAAUAAAAAGGUUAAUCAAUUUCUUAAUUUAGAUUUUAAUUGGAAUCCUAUAGGACCUUUUAGAGUUUGGUUAUAGUAUAUUUAAGCACCAGGUUUAGCAAUGUCUAGAUCAUUUGGUGAUAAAGUUGGUGCUUAAGCAGGAGUAACAGCAAUUCCAGAAAUAAAAUAAUUUGCUUUGACCAACCAUAAUCAAUUUUUAAUUGUUGCUUCAGAUGGAGUUUGGGACUAUUUGACUAAUGAAGAGGUAUUUCUGUUAAUAAUUAGGUGAUGAGUUUAGUGAUUCCAUACUUUGAAAAGGAUAAUCCAGAACAUGCUGCAGAAAAAGUAGUGAAAGAAGCAAUCUAAGCAUGGAGAAGAGUAAAAAUUUAUAUUUACUUUUAGAAUAGUUUAGUAAGAGAUGAUAUUACUUGUAUUGUUAUCUUUCUAUGA